CCCGAUCUGCAGAGGAUGUGGACCGGGUAUAAGCUGUUCAUUCUCUCUUAUCUGGCUACAGAAGUCUGGACCGAGACGCACGUGUGGCCUGGAGGAGACGCGGGCCCCGGAGCUCGUUCCAGCCGGAGCCGCAGCCGCUCGGAAGGUACGCGCCCCAAGAGGGCCGCUCCCCAAGGCCGCUACUGCCGCGCGCUGGGGUGCUGCGAGGCCAGGGACGACGCCUGCGUCACCCCGUUCCACGAGGCGGACGCGGUGUGCUACUGCGAUAGAUUCUGUGAGAGGGACAACUCAGACUGCUGUCCCGAUUACCGGUCCUUUUGCCGUGGAGAAAACGAAAGGCCCCCCCAAGCUCUGCCUUGGUACCCAGAAGGUUGCGUCAGAGACGGGCAGAACUUCAAAGAAGGAUCAGUAAUUAAGGAGAACUGCAACUCCUGCACAUGUGCCGGACAGCAGUGGAGAUGUUCGCAGCACGCCUGCCUCGUGCGCCCGGAAUUGCUUGAACACAUCAAUACUGGAGACUUCGGCUGGACGGCCCAGAACUACAGCCAGUUCUGGGGAAUGACGUUAGAGGAAGGCUUCACCCUCCGCCUGGGCACCUCGCCUCCCGGCCCCACGCUGCUGAGCAUGAACGAAGUGACGGCCUCUCUACCUGCCCACACGGAUCUUCCAGAGAUUUUUAUUGCUUCUUAUAAGUGGCCUGGAUGGACUCAUGGCCCGUUGGAUCAGAAAAAUUGUGCGGCAUCUUGGGCGUUUUCCACUGCAAGCGUGGCAGCUGACCGCAUCGCGAUUCACUCCAAAGGUCAGUACACGGCGAACCUGUCCCCCCAGAACCUGAUCUCGUGCUGUGCCAAGAACCACCAUGGCUGCCACGGCGGGAGCAUCGACAGGGCUUGGUGGUUCCUGAGGAAACGUGGGCUGGUGUCGCACGCGUGCUACCCGCUGGUGAAGGACCAGCACCCGGGCGCUCAGGCCUGCGCCAUGGCCAGCCGGGCGGCCGCGCGGGGCAAGCGCCAGGCCACCAGGCCGUGUCCCAACAGCGUGGAGAAGUCCAACCGCAUCUUCCAGUGCUCGCCGGCCUACCGCGUCUCCUCCAACGAGACGGAGAUAAUGAGGGAAAUCAUGCAGAACGGACCAGUUCAAGCCGUGAUGCAGGUCCACGAGGACUUCUUCCAUUACAAAUCGGGGAUCUACAGACACGUGGCCAGCUCCCAGGAGGAGGCAAAGUACCGGAAGCUGCGGUCCCACGCCGUGAAGCUCACCGGAUGGGGCACACUGAGAGGAGCCCGGGGGAAGAAGGAAAAGUUCUGGAUUGCCGCCAACUCCUGGGGGAAGUCUUGGGGAGAGAACGGCUAUUUCAGGAUUCUCCGAGGGGUCAAUGAGUCUGGCAUUGAGAAGUUGAUCAUUGCAGCCUGGGGUCAGCUGGCGAGUUCGGAGGAGCCGUGAACCCCCCGGGGGCCCCCGGCACCCGUGCCCCUCCCCCCUCCCCACCGCCCCCCCCAUGC